AAUUUGCUUAACAUCUCACCAACUCAAUCGGUAAGUGCCAAUCAAUGUGUGGAAUUGCAUCGUCGCUUUGUCACAGAAUUUGCGAUUUCAAGAUACACACAUCGAACCUGAUAUCAAUUGCAAAGUAUUAACCAGCAGAAAACUCCACCAUGAAGGCUGUUGUCUUGAACCUUGCCGUCGCGGCAUCCUUUGCUGCUGGUGCCGCUGCCCAGCCCCACCACCAUCACCAUCAUCACAAGAAGAACGCUCCGGCUGAGAAGCGCGAGGUCGAGACUACUUAUGUUCCCGCUACCGUCACCCAGUACCUGCUAGGCGACGAGGUGGUCGGUGCCGACCAGGCUAAGGAUGGUUUGGACAAGGGUCUCUAUGUCGUUGUUGGCGAGACUACUCCUACUUUCACCCCUCCUCCUCCGCCUGCCGUUACUAGCAGCUCCACCUCCAAUAGCGAUGCGGUCUUCAUCGAAAAGGUCACCUCAAGCUCGGAAUCCACCUCAAGCUCUGCUCCUCCCACUACGACUUCUUCCGCCCCUGCCGCUACCUCUUCGAGUUCUAGCUCUACCGGCUAUGCUACCGGCAUCGAUGCUGAAUUCCCUGAUGGAAAGAUCAAGUGCGACCACUUCCCCGAGGAGUACGGCGCCGUCCCCCUCAGCUGGCUUGGCCUCGGCGGAUGGAGUGGGCUUCAGUUCACUCCCAACUAUAAGUUUGGUGACCUUUCUAUCAGCUUCAUCGAGACUGGCGUGAAGGGAAUGAGCAAGAAGACUGGAUUCUACUCCUACGCUUGCCCCGAAGGAUAUGUCAAGUCGCAAUGGCCCUCGGCUCAGGGAAGCACUAGACAGUCUGUGGGUGGUUUGUACUGCAACCCUGACGGUUACCUCGAACUUACCCGCCCCGAAGUUAAGACUCUGUGCGAACCAGGUGUUCCUGGUAUCACCAUCAACAACAAGAUGUCAAAGAAUGUGGCUAUCUGCCGUACUGACUACCCCGGUAUCGAAGCUAUGGUCAUCCCCGUGGACGCACAGCCUGGCGCCGUCCGCCAGCUGGCCAACGUUGACUCCGCUGACUACUACCACUGGGACAACAAGCCCACCACCCUGCAAUACUAUGUCAACCAGCCUGGUGUCUCGGUCGAGGAUGGAUGUGUUUGGGACUGCUCUGAGGAUCACGAUGAGUGCGGUAACUGGGCCCCCACUAUUCUCGGUGUUGGCAAGUCUAGCGAUGGCAACACCUAUAUCUCCCUGUUCCCGAAUACGCCUACUAGCAGUGCUAAGCCUAAGAUGAACAUCAACAUUACUGGUGAUGUUAGCAUUCCUUGCUACUUCAAGGAUGGCGCAUACGCCGUUGGUGACAGUGGAUGCACGACCACCAUCCCCAGCGGUGGCAAGGCCGUCGUUACGUUUAGCGACGCUUAAGCGGGCGAGAGUGGGAGGUUGUUUUCUGUCAUACUGGACUGGGUUUUAUAUUGCUUUCUAAUGGAUACCUGCCAUAUUUUUUGCCUCGGUACGACAUGACAUUAGAGGCGUGUUUUGUCACCUGGGCGAUGUGACCAAUCUAAUUUUUAUUGUGUAUAUUUU